AUAUAUAAUAAGUAUAUAGGAAUAUAUAUGACUUCAUCUUCUUCAGGAGAUUUGAUGAAUGAAAGGAAAAGGAAGAGAAUGGUAUCAAACAGGGAAUCAGCAAGAAGAUCAAGAAUGAGAAAACAGAAGCAUUUGUAUGAUAUGAUGUCACAAGUAGAACAAUUGAAGGAAGAGAAUAUCAAGAUCAUAACAAGUAUCAAUUUGGCAACACAGAACUAUGCUACUGUGGAGGCAGAGAACACUGUUUUAAGAGUUCAGAUGAUGGAACUUAACCAAAGGUUGCAUUCUCUCAAUGACAUCCUCAGCUACAUCAACAAUAAUGGAACAAUAUUUGAGGAUCACAACUAUCCUGAAACUUUUGUGAACAAUCCGUGGAACUUUAUGUACCAAAAUCAGCCAAUCAUGGCAUCUGCUCAUAUGCUUUAUCACUACUGAUUUAAUAAUAUUGGAUGGUGAUUGAUCUGCGUAAUAUUAUAAUGCUAGUGUAUAUGUUGUUAUUAUUAUUCCUAAUAAGGGAAAAUCAUAACGAGUCAAAGAAGAUGAGCAUGCCGGUUGGAUCAUGUAUACUACUGAUAAUAUUGAAACGUAUGGUUGUGGAUCUUU